ACCACAAAGCCUUACGUGUGGAUGAAUCCUCAAAUGUCUCUUCCUCUCUUGAAUUUAUAACUGCCUCUCGUUCCCAAGUUUUCUAGGGUUCUACUCCUGUUUCUAAUCAUCUCAUAUCAUUCUCAAAUCUCUUCCCCAGACCCUAAUCUAGUUGUCUCCCUAUUUCUCUCUUCACCGAAUCCUAAUCUUGUUUCGAGGAUUUUCGGUCGGAAUGCCGCCUCCGAUCAAAUCUGGCAGGCCGGUAAGGAACGCCGACUCCGACGAGUCGGAGACGCCGUCCAACAAUUUAUGGGUGGGUAACCUGGCGAGCGACGUCACCGACUCGGAUCUCAUGAACCUUUUCGCCAGGUACGGUGCGCUCGACAGCGUCACCACCUACUCGUUGCGGAGCUACGCCUUUGUCUUCUUCAAGCGUAUCGAGGACGCCAAGGCUGCCAAGGAAGCUUUACAAGGGGUCGAGCUGCGUGGUAACCCGGUUAAGAUCGAGUUUGCUCGUCCGGCAAAACCUUGUAAGAGUCUAUGGGUCGGUGGAAUUAGCCCAACGGUUUCAAAGGAAGAAUUGGAAGAAGUAUUUCAUAAUUUUGGUAAAAUUGAGGAUUUUAAGUUCCUUAGAGACCGCAAUACUGCAUUUGUUGAAUACCUUAGAUUGGAAGAUGCUUCCCAAGCCAUGAGAAAUAUGAAUGGGAAGCGUUUAGGUGGUGACCAGAUACGUGUGGAUUUCCUUCGGUCACAGCCCUCAAGAAGAGAACAAUGGCUUGACUCCAGAGAUGGGCAGUUUCUGGGCAGAAGCAUGGUACCUGCUGAUUCCCAUUUAGGUCCUAAAAGGCAACUGAACCCUCAAUCUUCUGUGGGGCGAAAAGGAGAUGGACAGCCCAGUAAUGUUUUGUGGAUAGGUUACCCUCCUUCUGUUCAGAUUGAUGAACAAAUGCUCCAUAAUGCCAUGAUUUUAUUUGGUGAAAUUGAAAGAAUUAAGAGUUUUCCUUCAAGACACUAUUCCUUUGUGGAAUUUAGGAGUGUGGAUGAAGCCCGGCGUGCAAAGGAGGGGUUGCAAGGCCGGCUUUUUAACGAUCCUCGAAUAACCAUUAUGUUUUCGAGCAGUGACCUGGCACCUGGCAAAGAUUACCCUGGUUUGUAUCCUGCCACUAAAUGGACAAGGCCAGAGAUAUUUCUUAAUGAACCUCCAUUUCGACCUGCACAGGUGGAUAUGUUUGGUCAUAAUCGUCCUGUGGCAUCAAAUAAUUUUCCUGGACCAUUACAAACUUUGCCAGUGAGGCCAUUUGAUCGUCAAGGUAGUCUUGAACCUCCAUUUUCAGGCCCAGAAUUUGAUGAUUUGGCCUCUCAUCCUAAUUUUCAGGAUGCUAAUCCGAAAAAUGUGAUGGGUUCAAACUGGAAAAGGCCAUCUCCUGCACCUGGGAUGCUCCCUUCUCCUGCACCAGGUAUUAGACCGUCCACAAGAUCUGCAUCUGGUGCUUGGGAUGUAUUUGACAUAAAUCAGUUUCAGACGGAUUCUAAGAGGUCAAGGAUAGAUGAAGCUUUGCCCAUUGAUGAUGUUUCUUUUCCUUUGAGAAGGAUUGAUGACCGUGGGCUUGCGAUGGAUCAAUCAUAUGGGCUUGGCCCAGUAACUGAUGGAGGUGCCUCUAAUAAUUUUGCAAAUGUUCACGGGAAGAGCAGUCUUAGUCCUGUUGGUGCCAGGCUCAUGGCUGGGGGACCUGGUCAGGGUCAUGUUGAGAAUGAUUACAUAUGGCGUGGUAUUAUUGCUAAGGGGGGAACACCUGUUUGUCAAGCCCGUUGUGUGCCUAUAGGAAAAGGAAUAGAGACUGGGAUUCCUGAGGCAGUUAAUUGCUCAGCCAGAACGGGAUUGGAUAUGCUCACAAAACACUAUGCUGAUGCCAUUGGGUUUGAUAUUGUUUUCUUCUUGCCAGACAGUGAAGAUGAUUUUGCUUCAUACACUGAAUUCCUUCGCUACCUGGGUGCCAAAAACCGUGCAGGUGUUGCCAAGUUUGAUGAUGGGACCACCUUAUUUUUGGUACCUCCAUCAGACUUCUUAACUAAUGUUUUGAAAGUCGCAGGACCUGAACGUCUAUAUGGUGUGGUUCUCAAGUUUCCGCAACAAGUUCCUACUGGAACAUCUAUACCGCAACAAUCAUAUCUUCCCGUCCCCUCAUCUCAUUACAUAGACAGACAGCAGAUUCCUUCUCGUGCAGAGUAUGGUGUAAUCUCUUCGAAGGAGGAACAAGUUUUGCCAAUGGAUUAUAACAGGGUUUUCCAUGAGGAAUCGAGUCUUCCUCCUAAAUCAGUUUUCCCAGUUACAAAUGAGUCCCCUGCAAUGCUGUCAGUACCCCAAGAAUACACUUCUAAUAAUGCAACUGCAGUGGCCCAACCUGGAGUAACAUUAACCCCCGAGCUUAUUGCUACUCUAGCAUCCUUACUUCCUCCAAAUACACAGUCUUCUGCUUUAGAAAGUGCAAAGCCUGAAAUAGGCUCAUCCUCUGUCAGGCCUUCAAUUCCACCUCAAGUCGCAUCUGAUAAAGAGACCCCAUCUCAAGACUGGAGACAAGAUCAUCAAACUUCUGACCAUACUGGUCAUUCUUUGCAACAAUUGAGGAGUCAGUUUAAUCCUCAAAUGCAAAACUUAUCUCAGUAUCAGCCUUACCCACUUGUCUCAAGCACACCAGGCCAUAGUGCACCAUUGGUACUUGGUGGUGCCCAAAUUCAGGACUCUUCUUUCAGCCUGCCCCGACAGGGUGCUAUUUUGCCUCGGCCUUUGAAUCAAAAUGGACAGGUUGCUGCUUCUUCCCAAGCGAGACACCAGUAUCAACUUGAAAUUCCUGCCAGUGGUCAGAGAGGCUACGGGAUGGUUCAUGGAAUGGAGGCUUCUGGAUUAUACAGCUUGCCAAAUUUUCAGCAAACAAAUGCUCCUUUGUCCUCAUCUGGGCAGGCUCACGGUUCAUUUCAUUCCCAACCAGUAACGUUACCAGCUGAAAAAGGGAGCUCAGAGCUUCCCAGCCAGGUGCAGCAGCUUCAAUCUGCACUCUUUGGCAAUUCCCAGGGCACGCCAGAUGUUGAGGGUGAUAAGAACCAGCGCUACCAGUCAACGCUACAGUUUGCUGCUAGCCUUCUUCAACAGAUACAGCAGCAGCAGCAAACGACCACCCAGGCAGGACGAGGGUCUGGAAAUCAACAAUGAGGUGCUCGUGCUUUCCUUUUUCGGAAAUGGGCUUUAAUCGUCAUCUACGUAAGUUUGGAAUUCGGAAUGAGACAGGAAGAGGGACGAAGCUAUGGCAAAGCGAGAAUGGUUUUUAAAGAUGAAUUGUUGGUGAAUGAUGCUUGUACUAGUUCUCAAGUUAACGUGGCUCCUCCACCUUUUCUACGUCUGUUUGGAACCCCAGACUUGUACGAUAGGGUCUCUUACUUAUAUAGCCUUUUCCUUUUGUGAUGUUGUUCUGUUUGCUUCACAAUCCAGCCCCUUUUUUCUUUUUCUAAUUUUACCAGUUUACACACUCUCUCUCUCACAAUAUGUGGAGAAGCUUUUCUCACCAGUUAUUAGUUGAAACUUGAAAGCCACUCAUUUGAACA